GAAAAAGAGAGAAGGAACGGAGAGCGAGUGCGAGGGAGAGGUGAAAAUCGCCGCAUACCUGAGUGAACAGGUGUGCUGGAGUGGACGACGGUCGAGCGUGCGGCGGUGCCCGAGUGAAUCGAAAUACGAGCCCUUGCUCGAUUAAUUAUCGAAAGUAUAAAGUAUCGCCGAUACACGUACCAGCGUGUCGACGGAGACGAUAAGAACGAGACGACAACGAGCAACGACGUCGAUGAAGUACUUCGUACUUGAGAGUACUUAUAUUAUGAAGCAUCGCGGGCAUCCCUACUCCCCCGGCGUAGAGAUCGCGGGGCACCGGAGUGUCCGUUGUCGUCGGAAGAGGAGUGCAGCGGCGGAGUGCCCCGGCGAAUAUCGGGCCGUGGCCAGAGGCUGUUCCAGCGGCCAAGCAAGUGGCAAGUGCCAGUUGCUCCGCAGCAUUCGCCACGGUUGGUCGCGAUCGCCGAACGCUCGGUGGUGUUGUGUACUGUUCUCUCUUUCUCUCUCUCUCUCUCUCUCUCUCUCUUUCUUUUUCGCAAGGGAUCUUGCGCGCACGGACGAGCUCUCUCCUUCCACCUUCAGCCUCCUCUGGAUACUCUGGAUCGGCGACGCGCAUUCUCGACCAUUCGCACAACCGUCCGUGGCAGGUAGUCGUAGUAAUCGUAGGAGCUGAGAGCGGUCCCAUCGGGACUCACGCUGUCAAAUGAAAUAAGCGGGGAAACAUGCUGCGCCGUGUCGGGAACGCAGCAGCGGGAACGAGUGGGUGCAUAUGAACACACGGAGUGUGCUCUUGCGUGUCGUGCUCGUGCGUGUGUGCGUUUCUUUUAGUUCCUCCCUUUCCUCCGUGAACUUCAGUGAUUUCGAUCUCUUUUAUCAUUGACCGAAAACGCAAAGUGUUGACGAGAACGUGAGACGAUGAUACUCCCGACGAUACGCGUCGUCGUGUGCCUGUCGCUCGUCGUCGCCGAUAUCCACGCCGUGGCCAACACCGUCACAACGGCUAAGGAGGAGUGUAGAAAGAGGAUAGCCGAAUGCAUGAUGAACGGCGGUGGAAGUACACCCGUUUGCGGAAGUGACGGAGUCACAUACCCCAGUCAGUGUCAGGCUAUCUCUAAGCAAUGCCAAGGCGUGUCUAUCCUUAUUAAACAUACCGGGCCUUGUCCAGAGACACCGGCGUGCUUCUCGGCGAAGCUGACCGCUCGACCGGGCGCGGAGCCCACUUGUCGGCCGGACGGUACGUACGCGCCGGUCCAGUGUCACACGGAAACCGGGUACUGCUGGUGCGUGACGCCGCAAGGUCGGCCGUUGCCCGACACGUCGGUAAGACACGACAGACCACGAUGUUUGAGACCCGGUUCCAGAUCUGCUGCUUCCAUUAGGAGCGGCCAAAGACGGCGCUCGCCGAAUUGGAAACAACGCAGGCAGUACGACAGCAACAGGCACCGGAAUACCUGCGAUCGCAACGAGAAGUCCAAGUUCAACGCGAACCUCAUCGAGAACUUCAAGAUCGAGUACAGGCGGACGAAUAUAUCCGCUGAUGGCGAUAAGGAUGUCGGGCGGGUGCUGUCGUGGAAAUUCGUGACUCUGGACAAGGACGGGGACGGCUACUUGAACAGAGCGGAGUACAAGGAGCUUAGAAGACUCGCUAAGAAGGCGGUGAGACCGAAGAAGUGCGCACGCACGUUCGCCCGCACGUGCGACCUAAAUCGAGAUUUAAAGCUAUCCAAGCAGGAAUGGGGUGCUUGCCUCGUGAAUGAUUUUACUCUACAUUUGUUCUUGUCGCUGAACCCCGCAGACGAGCGCCCCGAGGUCCCUGAGGCCCAAAGGACACGGGCCACGGACCAAGUUUUGAAAGGUAGCCCUGCACCUGUUCAUUCGAAAUCAACGUUUACCGACGAACUCACAGAUACUAAGGAGGAAAAUGAAGCGAUCGAUUGUACGACGGACAGGAAAACGGCGAUGGAAGGUCAAAUGCAUAUGGAAGAAAAGUUUUACGUUCCACAAUGCACACCCGAUGGGAGAUACCUCCGAAUACAAUGUUACUCGGGUUAUUGCUGGUGCGUAUAUCAAGAUACGGGCAAACCUAUACCAGGAACAUCCGGUAAAAGUCCCGUUCCGAAUUGCAACCCAGUCCCAACUCCUAGCAGACCUAUGAAAGGAUGCCCAGAGUCGAAAAAACAACUAUUUCUCCGAGAUCUAAUGGACCUUAUGCAAACGAAGAUGAGGGCAUCGAACACCGAUUCCGAUGAGACUACCGCCAAGUGGCCAGCUUCUAAAGAGGAGAGGAUAGCUACGUGGCAUUUUGUGAUGCUUGAUAAGAAUAAAAAUAAGGUCUUAGAGAGAAAAGAAUGGAAGAGUUUUCGCGUGAUGGUGGCAAGUAACAGGCAGCUUCGGAGAUGUGGUAAGAAGUUGCCGAGAUACUGCGACAUCAACAACGACAGAAGGAUCAGCAUGACAGAGUGGCUCAGCUGUCUAAAUGCUCAACGUCCAACAACAAGCGACAUGGAGAAAGCAUCGACGAGUAAACCGAAGAGGACGGGUCCAAAUCCAUUAGACAAGUUUCUCAAUGGCGAUGAUUAGCAGCAUAAUGUGAUAAUAAAGUGUGUUCGUGAUUUUGUAAAGGGACGAUAAUCCUUUUCGCUGUUGAACUCUAAAUCAGUUGCUGUUGAAGACUCUGGUUUAUAAUGUAUUUUGUAACCAUUAAUGUGGAUAUAACUGAUAUGUCAUACAGUGAAAUAACAUAACGACGAAUUUGAUCGUAAGACAAACAUGUAAGCAUAAUUUUCUAGAUUUUAUCAAUCGUUAUUAUAAACAUAAAUAAACAUGUUGUAGCACAUGUUGAACUAUUUGCACAUCAGCGUACCAGCGUAUCGAAUAUCGAUAUAAUAAUUGACAUAAAAUUUCUAAGAUAGCUGAAAUGUAUCUAUAAUACGACAUACGAAGUAUUCGGCUGACCAUGCUACAAUAAUGCGUAAAUAUCAGGUGAAUCGACAAACUCACCUGGUUUGCUUACAACUACGCGAUGUAUUAGACAAAUUAGUUAUGCAGCUUAUAAACUCACAUAUUGACGUAAUUAUACGAUAAGUAAUUAACUGCCAUUUUGAGAGGUUUUGAUUUUGUAUUGCAAGAUUUUUUUUGGUUUGAAAUUAAAAUCAGAAAGAAAUCUUGUAUGUUAUUUUAAGCAGAAAUUAGAGAAAUACUUAGUUGAAUGAUUAUUUUUGCUUAAAUAUCAGAGUAGAAUUUUGUUUAUAUAUUUUUUUAAGAAGACUGUAAUCCUUACUUUAUCAGUGCC